CACUCCAACCAAUGUAACCCCAUCAGCUCUGAUUUAUGCCCUAAACUCACUAUCUCGGACUUUUGUUCAUCUCAACAUUCUUUUGGUAAAUGUCGAGCUGAUCCCUUAGUCAAAAUGGGACAUCUAAAGAUGCAAAUGCAAACUGGUCUCCAUGCAAUAGAGGGUCAAUCUGAGCAAUUCAAUGCUGGAUAUCCUAACAAAACUACUAUAGCAUGCAUGAUCAAUGCAGAAAUUGGUGCUGUUUUGGCAGUCAUGCGAAGAAAUGUUAGAUGGGGAGUUCAUUAUAUGUCAGAUGAUGACCAAUCUGAGCACUUUCUUGUUCAGUCUUUGAAAGCAUUAAGGAGGCAAAUUUUCUCAUGGCAGGAUCAAUGGCAUGCCAUCAACCCUGCCUUGUAUCUCCAGCCUUUUCUGGAUGUGAUUCAAUCAGAUGAAACUGGUACACCAAUUACUGGUGUUGCUUUGUCAUCUGUUUAUAAGAUCUUAACUCUUGAUGUGAUUGAUCAAAACACUGUCAACAUUUUGGAUACCAUGCACUUGGUGGUUGACGCUGUCACAAGUUGCAGGUUUGAAGUGACUGAUCCUGGAUCAGAAGAAGUGGUAUUAAUGAAGAUUUUACAAGUUCUUCUAGCAUGUGUGAAAAGUAAAGCAUCAGUAAUUCUGAGUAACGAACACAUUUGCACCAUAGUGAAUACUUGUUUCCGUAUAGUUCAUCAAGCAGGAACCAAAGGUGAGUUGUUGCAGCGGAUAGCACGGUACACAAUGCAUGAACUUGUUAGGUGUAUAUUCUCUCACCUUCAGAAUAUUGAGAACACGGAGCAUGCACUGAUGAAUGGGAGUGCAAAUAUAAAACAAGAGACCGGUGGGCUAAGUAAUGAGCAUGCUUCAGCAAGCAGACAAUUGGAAAAUGGGAGCCUGAGUUCUGCAAAUGAUAGUCGACCAUUAUCCACAGGCAUUGCUUCCAGUACUGGAGCUGAUGUAUCAGCAAUUGUAGCUAUCAGUGGCCAGGAGACUGAUCUACAUGAAUUGCAGCUCAUGACUGAACCAUAUGGGGUUCUCUGUAUGGUGGAAAUAUUUCACUUCUUGUGUUCUUUGUUGAAUGUUGUUGAGCAUAUGGGAAUGAAUCCUAGAUCAAACACAAUGGCAUUUGAUGAAGACGUGCCUCUUUUUGCCUUAACUUUGAUUAAUUCAGCCAUAGAGAUGGGAGGGCCUUCCUUUCGCUGUCACCCAAGAUUGCUGAGUUUAAUUCAAGAUGAAUUAUUCCGUAAUCUUAUGCAAUUCGGUUUGUCAUUGAGUCCUCUUGUACUUUCAAUGGUGUGUAGCAUUGUUCUCAAUUUGUAUCACCAUCUUCGUAUUGAACUCAAAUUACAGCUAGAAGCAUUUUUUUCUUGUGUAAUUUUGAGGCUUGCACAAAGCAAAUAUGGGGCUUCAUAUCAGCAACAGGAGGUUGUGAUGGAGGCACUUGUUGAUUUUUGCAGGCAAAAAACAUUCAUGAUGGAGAUGUAUGCUAACUUUGACUGUGACAUAACUUCCAGUAAUGUUUUUGAAGACAUUGUUAAUUUGCUGUCCAAAAGUGCAUUUCCGGUGAACAGUCCAUUAUCUUCCAUGCAUAUUCUUGCUUUGGAUGGUCUUAUUGCUGUAAUGCAGGGAAUGGCUGAAAGGAUAGGCAAUGGACCUGUAAGCUCAGAACAUUCUCCUGUGAAUUUUGAAGAGUAUACUCCAUUCUGGCUGGAAAAGUGCGAAAAUUUUGGUGACCCAAAUGAUUGGGUUCCUUUUGUCUGCCGAAGAAAGGUCUUCAAGAGAAGAUUGAUGAUUGGAGCUGAUCACUUCAAUCGUGAUGUUAAGAAGGGUCUUGAAUUUCUCCAAGGAACUCAUCUUUUGCCUGACAAACUUGAUCCUCAAAGUGUUGCCUGCUUUUUCAGAUACACUGCUGGGUUGGAUAAGAAUCUCAUUGGUGAUUUCCUUGGAAAUCAUGAUGAAUUCUGUGUUCAGGUUCUUCAUGAAUUUGCUAGAACAUUUGAUUUCCAAGAUAUGACCUUAGACACAGCCCUGCGCCUAUUUUUGGAGGCUUUUAGGCUGCCUGGUGAAUCACAGAAGAUACAAAGGGUGGUUGAAGCUUUCUCUGAGAGGUAUUAUGAGCAGUCACCACAUAUCCUGGCUAACAAGGAUGCUGCUCUUGUGUUAUCGUACUCAAUUAUAUUGCUUAAUACAGAUCAGCACAAUGUCCAGGUCAAAAAGAAGAUGACAGAAGAGGAUUUUAUCAGGAAUAAUAGGCGUAUAAAUGGUGGCAAUGAUCUACCUCGAGAAUUCCUGUCAGAGAUUUACCAUUCCAUUUGUAAGAAUGAAAUCCGCACAACCCCUGAACCAGGCUUUGGAUCUCCUGAAAUGACCCCAAGUCGGUGGAUUUCUCUGAUGCACAAGUCAAAGGAAUCUGCUCCAUUCAUUUUGUCUGAUUCCAAAGCAUACCUGGAUUAUGAUAUGUUUGUUAUAGCGUCAGGCCCAACAAUUGCUGCCAUUUCUGUGGUGCUUGAUAAUGCUGAAAAUGAAGAGGUUUACCAAACAUGUUUAGAUGGAUUCUUAGCUGUUGCAAAAAUUUCGGCUUACUAUCAUCUUGAAAAUGUACUGGAUGAUUUGGUUGUGUGUCUCUGUAAGUUCAUUACCAUUUUGGAUCCGUUAUCACAUGAGGAAUCUGUCCUAGCCUUUGGAGAUGACACAAAAGCAAGAAUGGCAACGGAGACAGUUUUCACAAUUGCAAAUAGGUAUGGUGAUUACAUCCGCACAGGGUGGAGGAAUAUUCUUGAUUGCAUCUUAAGAUUGCACAAGUUAGGCCUUCUUCCUUCUCGUUUGGCCAGGGAUGCAGCUAAUGAGUCAGAGCUUUCUACAGAAACUGAACAUGAGAAGCCUAAUUCAAAUUCUUUAUCAUCAACUCGUGUUCAAUCUGUUAGUACUCCAAAGAGAUCAUCAGGAUUAAUGAGCAGAUUUAGUCAACUGCUAUCUCUUGGCACUGAAGAACCAAGAUCAGUACCAACUGAAGAACAACUGGCUGCUCAUCAGCAAGCUUUACAAACAAUUCAUAAGUGCCACAUUGACAGCAUAUUCACUGAGAGUAAAUUUCUGCAAGCUGAAUCUCUAUUACAGCUUGCAAGAGCACUCAUUAAUGCUGGAGCGCAACCUCAGAAAGGGAACAGAAUUUCUGAGUAUGAAGAUACUUCAGUUUUCUGCCUGGAGUUACUGGUAGCAAUCACUCUGAAUAACAGGGAUAGAAUUGAACUUCUUUGGAAGGGUGUUUAUGAGCACAUAUCCAAUAUUGUUCAGUCAACUGUGAUGCCUUGUGCACUGGUAGAAAAGGCUGUUUUUGGACUUCUAAGGAUUUGCCAUCGCUUACUUCCCUACAAAGAGAACAUUACUGAUGAACUUUUGAGGUCCCUGCAACUUGUCUUGAAGCUUGAUGCACGGGUUGCAGAUGCAUACUAUGAGCAGAUUACACAGGAAGUCAGUAGCCUUGUGAAAGCAAAUGCUUCUCAUAUUAGAUCUCAGUUAGGAUGGCGGACAAUUACAUCACUGCUUUCCAUCACUGCUAGACACCUGGAAGCAUAUGAGGCUGGAUUUGAUACGCUGUUGUUCAUUAUGUCUGAUGGAGCUCACUUGCUUCCUGCUAAUUAUAUUCUCUGUAUAGAUGCUGCAAGGCAUUUUGCUGAGUCUCGUGUAGGUCCGGUAGAUCGGUCUUUAGUUGCACUAGAUCUUAUGGCAGGUUCUAUAAAUUGUUUAGAAAAGUGGAUUAGUGAUGCUAAGCAAGCAGAAAAAGAAGAGGAAGUGGAAAAGAUGUUGCAGGAUAUUGGGGAGAUGUGGUUGAGGUUAGGGCUGGGACUAAGGAAAGUAUGUUUGGACCAGAGAGAGGAGGUCAGAAAUCAUGCGUUGUUAUCUUUGCAAAAGUGCUUGACAGGAGCCGUGGGGACUCAUCUCUCACGUGAUUUGUGGUUGCAGUGUUUUGAUCAAGUGAUCUUCAGCUUGCUGGAUGACCUACUUGAAAUUGCUCAGGCAUUCUCUCAAAAGGACUACCGGAACAUAGAAGGAACACUGAUUCUUGCCUUGAAGCUCUUGUCAAAAGUUUUCCUCCAUUUAAUCCAAGAUCUAUCCCAAUUGGAAGCCUUCUGCAAACUAUGGGUGGGUGUGCUAAACCAAGCGGAAAAGUGUAUGAAGGUGAAAGUUAGGGGAAGGAGAAGUGAGAAGCUUCAAGAGCUUGUGCCUGAGCUUCUGAAGAACACUUUGCUUGUUAUGAAAUCAGGGGGCAUACUAGUGCAGAGCAGUGGCUUAGGUGAAAACAAUUUGUGGGAACUGACAUGGCUACAUAUGAAGAAUAUUGCUCCGUCGUUGCAGUCUGAGUUGUUCCCUGAGCAAGAUUCAGAGCAGUUGCGGUUGCACCGCAAACAGAUUGAAACAGUAGAAAAUUUGGGGCAUGAAGAAAGCAUUCCUGUUCCUUCAAAUGAAACAGUGAGCCAAGAUGGUGCUGGUAUUGGUUAAGGUUAAUUCUACCUGCAGUGCCUAGGCUACCUGAAUUGGCUUUUCUAUUUGUACCUAUGAACUCACCCAUAAUCUCAGUCCACCCUUGAUAGAUUUUCUUUUUUUUCUAUCUUGAGAUUGUGAGGGUCCUCAAUGCAGAUUCUGCAGAACAUGACAUAUCUUUAUUGUCAUAUUUUGCCCCGGGGACUCUUGUUACUAUACUAGUGAGAUUUUUGAUUGGAGAUAUGUUAUACAUAGCUUGAGUGCUUCCAUUCCCUACUUGUUGGGUGCUUAUACUAUAUAGGUUCUCUCUUCCCAUUAUGCAGUUUGUUAACUGCAAAUUGUCCUAAGCAUUAGUAUUGGCUUCUGAAAAAUUCCUAGCUUGUUAUGAAGAUGAGGGGUAU